AUGUAUUGUAAGAUCAGUCUGGAGGGCAUAGUGGUACAGAGAGCAGAGUGCAGACCUGCCGUCAGUGAAAACUACAUGAAAUUGAAGAAGUGAGUGAAACAAAAUUCAAUACAACUAAAUAUAAUGAGGCGACUGUAAAAUAAAGCAUCACUGAUAGAUGGGCUAUUUCUCCUGGCUUCCUUUCUGAGUGAGUUUAGUAGAUGUGGAGGAACAGUAGCCAUAUCUAAGUCCAGGAGAAUAUCUAAUAAUGGAAUAAAUGUCUUCCAUACUGUUUUAUGGUAGCUGAGGUUGACAGGGAUUGCUAUAGUAACUGUUCUGUGUGUGCUAUAGCAACUCUUCUCUCUCUGUGUGUUUGAGAACAUGCAUGCUUGCCUGAGUGUCUGUAUAUGUACAGUAGUGACAGUCCUGUGCAUUAUACUAGUAGGCUAUAUUCACUAUUCAACCAUUGUACAACAUAGUGUGUGCCAUUGUGUCUUCAUCCACUGCUCUACCCGCUGGGACGCUUCUCUCAAUGAGACCCUAUAUCUUCAUUAAUUUCUCUGCUUUUCUCAGAGGUGUUUGUAUGUGUGUUAAUGUUAUCAUGUAUAUUCCUCUGUAUCCCUCUCUCCACAGAUUACAGAUCGAGGUGUCUACCAAGCCCCAGCAUCUGACCGAGCAGAUAGACAGGGCUGUCACCAACAACUUCAAACCUGUAUCCAACCAUGUUGCUAACGUAACAACACUGCCAUAUCACAUAUUAAAAAGCAGUGUGUGUGUGUGUGUGUAUCUGCCUGCUUGCAUACUCCUGAAGGUUACAUGAAUAUCUUUAUAGUGUUGGAUCAACACUGUAAUGUGCACUUCUACCAUGCUCCCUCCUUGCCCCUGUGUGGGUUUUCUGUGGGCUGUGUGUUGUGUGUGUAGGUGGAGUAUGAGAAGAAGAAGGCUGAGGGUAGGAUGGUGAGGGCAGACAGACAGCAAGUGAUGGAUAUGCUCUUCUCCGCCUUCGAGAAACACCAGCACUACAACAUCAAAGACCUGGUGGAGGUCGCCAAGCAACCUGUGGUUAGUCACACACACACAUUGCAUUACCAUAGGUGAGUGUAAACUGCGAGCUGUUCUGCUCAGCUCUCCAGGAUAGAUUACACUCUACCAAUGUAACCCUCCUUCUCCAGGAUUGGUUAAACUCCACCACUGUAACCCUCCUUCUCCAGGAUUGGUUAAACUCCACCACUGUAACCCUCAUUCUCCAGGGUGCUUCACACGGAGACCAGCAUGUCAGAGUGAACUAUAGUUACCUGAGGCCUGAUUAGUCGCACAUAAGUAGGACAGAAUCCGAACGCAUUUCUAUUCUAUCUGUAUCUGGAGGAGAAGCGUCAACUGUUACCCACUACUGACAUGUAGUGGACAUUAUUGAUUUUGACACUAGAAGUAGACAGGUAGAUGCUUCUUCUAGUUUUCAGAAUAAGGGUGCAGGCAAUAGCUGUGUGAACAUGGAUACUGUAAAGAGUCCAACCCUAAACUGCCUCUCUCCUAUAGACAUAUGUAAAGGAGAUCCAGAGAGAUGUGUUUGUCUGUGAAAAAAAAUAAAAAUACAAUCAGAGUUUUGCUGGGCAGAGGGGGAUUGAUAGGGCUAGCCUGGAUCUCUCACUAAAACACACUCACGCCUUCAUGUAGUCCUUGAUGUAUCCCUUGAAUCCUUGGUGAAGGAUGUCUCCUGCAGUUCGUGGAUGAGGACAAUGUCCACUCCACUGACCGUGCUGGACUCGCAGCUGUCAUCCUGCACCUCUGCCGACGUAUUCGCCCCCAGCAGACAGCCAUCAAUGUUCUCCGUUCUACUGACCAUCUGAGGGGAGGAGAGGAGAAAUACCAGAGGAAGAUAGGAAGGGGGUGGGAGGAGAGUGAGUGCUGA